AGACUGGGAGGUGUGGGCAGUGGUCUGUCUCCAAGAAUUACACCUCUGACCCGUGGUCUCUAUGGCUGGAGAAUGUUGCUGACUCUUGUGGGACAAGGUGGUAAGUUGCACUGCAAGAGGAGCCAGGGCAUGGGCCUUUAUUCCAAGCUCAGUAUCGCUCCCUCUGAGCUCUAGUGCUUCACUGCAUGUUGGUGAGUGGCAAGUGGUCCAGGCCCCGUACUGGGCUCCCUGGCUAGCUGGCUAUGGUAGGAGUUGCCUUGGUGGCCACAGUAUGAGAUGCGGGGAAAAGCACAUGGCCAGGCCAUUGGGAUGAAGCUCAGCAGCUGCUAGGAGUUGAGCUGCUGCAUGGAUCCCCUUUGGAUUAUCUUAGGGUUAGGAGCUAGGGCCUUCCCUAAAGAAGUGUGGAGGAGUGGUAAGCCUGGGCUUUUCCUGCUUGCUUGGCUCUGUUCUAGCCAACUCAGGGCAGGCAGCCUAGCCCACCAUAACCUGGUAUCCACAGUUCUCCAAGGACUUCCAGAUGCUGAAUCCAAUGAAGCAGGUGCCAGCCCUGAAGAUUGAUGGAAUCAUCAUUGGCCAGUCGAACCUGUCUGUCCUGACGCAAGUGGGAACGGAGAACCAGCUGCCCUGGGCUCAGAAGGCCAUCAGUUCUGGCUUUAAUGCCCUGGAGCAGAUUCUGCAGGGCACAGCAGGGAAAUUCUGUGUGGGAGAUGAGGUAUCCAUGGCUGAUCUGUGCUUAGUGCCUCAGGUGGCAAAUGCGGAAAGGUUCAAGGUUGAUCUCAACCCCUACCCUACCAUCAAUCGCAUCAACAAGACACUGCUGGCCCUGGAGGCCUUCCAGGUGUCUCACCCCUGCCGGCAGCCAGAUACACCUGCCGAGAUGAGGGCCUAGAGCCAGAUACACCUGCC